UUAUACCAACAUGGACUCAGUAUCAGCUGCUCUAGUAUUUCAUAGUUCCAUAUACUUGUGUGCAAUGGCUCAUCAUGGUGUUUCAGGUCUAGUUGGGAAAAUUGUAACUGAAUUGGAGGUGAAUUGUAAUGCCGACGAAUUUUAUAAGAUUUUGAAGCGCGAUGAAGAUGUUCCACGGGCAGUUUCUGAUCUUUUCCCUCCCGUCAAAAUUGCCAAAGGAGAUGGACUUGUUUCUGGUUGUAUCAAGGAAUGGGACUGUGUUCUUGAUGGUAAGGCGAUGAGCGGCAAGGAGGAAACAACACACAACGAUGAAACGAGGACUUUGCGUCACCGUGAAUUGGAAGGAGACUUGAUGAAGGAUUACAAGAAGUUUGAUUCCAUAAUUGAAGUUAAUCCAAAACCAAAUGGACAUGGAAGCAUUGUGACGUGGUCAAUUGAGUAUGAGAAAAUGAACGAAGAUUCUCCGGCUCCCUUUGCUUAUCUAGCUUCCUUCCAUCAGAACGUUGUGGAAGUUGAUUCUCACCUCUGCCUUUCUGAAACUCGUUAUACCAACAUGGACUCAGUAUCAGCUGCUCUAGUAUUUCAUAGUUCCAUAUACUUGUGUGCAAUGGCUCAUCAUGGUGUUUCAGGUCUAGUUGGGAAAAUUGUAACUGAAUUGGAGGUGAAUUGUAAUGCCGACGAAUUUUAUAAGAUUUUGAAGCGCGAUGAAGAUGUUCCACGGGCAGUUUCUGAUCUUUUCCCUCCCGUCAAAAUUGCCAAAGGAGAUGGACUUGUUUCUGGUUGUAUCAAGGAAUGGGACUGUGUUCUUGAUGGUAAGGCGAUGAGCGGCAAGGAGGAAACAACACACAACGAUGAAACGAGGACUUUGCGUCACCGUGAAUUGGAAGGAGACUUGAUGAAGGAUUACAAGAAGUUUGAUUCCAUAAUUGAAGUUAAUCCAAAACCAAAUGGACAUGGAAGCAUUGUGACGUGGUCAAUUGAGUAUGAGAAAAUGAACGAAGAUUCUCCGGCUCCCUUUGCUUAUCUAGCUUCCUUCCAUCAGAACGUUGUGGAAGUUGAUUCUCACCUCUGCCUUUCUGAAUAAGAUGCAAGUACAUGAACACGACUUUAGUGUUCGAUGUACGUCAGUAUAUGUUGUUUAAAUGUUCUUCUUGCGGUAUGCCUAUGUCUACGUGAUCAAGUUCAGUGUUCGUACACGUGAGCUUUGUGGUUUUGUGGUUACCUAUACUAUGUGUGUGUUUCAUAAAAAUAAAGAUUAAUUAAGGGACUUGCAAGUUACAGUGACA